CUUUCUUGACCAUCUCUCCUACAUAUACAGAGAGAGAGAGAGAGAUGAUGAAGCAUAUUAAAGCCAUGGAAUUCUGUAAAAUAAAAAUGAUUCUUCUUUGGGAGAGAAAAACAUAGUGGACAAAAUGAAGGGGAUGUGAGUUCUCUGCCCACCAAAAAAAAAAAAAAAAAAGAGGCCCCAAAAAACUGACCUUUUUUUUUUGUGGAGACAUAAAUUCAGUUUUUCUUCAUCUUGUUGUGUUGGUUGUGUCAGUUCAAGAUUUGGGGUUUUGCUAAUUUCCUCAGAAGUGGAUUUAUUUGGGUUCAAAAUUCAUUUUUUUGGGUGAAAAAGAAGGAGAAUUGUGUAUUUAGCUAAACUUGGGAGUUGUGUUUUCUGAUUUUCUGUGGCUUAAUAUUGAUUGGAGUUGUCUCUAAUCAUGAGAAUUCUUGCACUAGCUUGCUGAAUUUAAACACCAAAAAAAAAAAAAAAAAAAAAGAGAAAAAAAAUUGAAUCUUGGUUUUAGAUUUAUGUAUGACUGGUGUUCUUGAACUGUUUCAUUCCCAAUUUUGGUCUGUUGGUGGGUUGGAAGUUAAUCAGUUCUUUGAAUUGAAUUGAGUAUUCAUUUUGGUUGAUUAGAAAGGUUGGUUGGUUGCAUUUUGUGUACUAAUUAUUAAGUUUGCAAAUCAUAUUUGUAUUUAAGAUGGCUUCUGGGAUUUCUGGGAUGGGAGUUGAUGGAGAUAGUGGUGAAACUAAAGGAGGUAUGUGGGAUUUAGACCAAAAACUUGAUCAACCUAUGGAUGAGGAGGCUGGAAGACUAAAAAAUAUGUAUAGAGAAAAGAAUACCUCAGCGUUGUUGCUUCUGCGGCUUGCUUUUCAGAGUCUAGGAGUUGUUUAUGGAGACUUGGGAACGUCUCCUUUGUAUGUUUUCUAUAAUACAUUUCCCCAUGGAAUUGAUGAUACAGAGGAUGUCAUUGGUGCACUUUCAUUAAUCAUAUAUUCCCUCACACUUAUCCCUCUCCUCAAAUAUGUUUUCAUAGUUUGUAGAGCAAACGACAAUGGCCAAGGUGGGACUUUUGCUCUUUAUUCUUUGCUAUGUCGCCAUGCUAAGAUAAAGACAAUUCCCAACCAACACCGGACAGAUGAAGAGCUGACAACUUAUAGUCGCAGCACAUUCCAUGAGCAUUCAUUUGCUGCAAAAACAAAAAGAUGGUUGGAGGCAUAUCCAUUCAGGAAGAACUCCCUUCUUAUUCUUGUAGUUAUUGGCACUUGCACGGUAAUAGGUGAUGGAAUUCUUACUCCGGCCAUAUCAGUUCUUUCAGCUUCUGGUGGGAUCAAGGUGGACCAUCCAAAGAUGAGUAAUGAUGUUGUAGUGGUUGUUGCCGUCAUUAUAUUAGUUGGCUUAUUUAGCUUACAACACUAUGGCACAGACAGGGUUGGUUGGCUGUUUGCUCCAGUUGUGCUGCUUUGGUUUCUUUUAGUAGGAGGUAUCGGCAUCUUCAACAUCUGGAAAUAUGAUAGCUCUGUUUUGAGGGCCUUUUCCCCUGUGUACAUAUAUAGGUAUUUUAGGAGGAGAAAGAGAGAGGGUUGGACAUCCCUGGGAGGAAUAAUGCUCAGCAUCACAGGGAUAGAGGCACUUUUUGCUGAUCUCGCUCAUUUUCCAGUGUCAGCAAUACAGCUUGCUUUCACAGUCAUUGUUUUCCCUUGCCUACUUUUAACAUAUACGGGGCAAGCAGCAUACCUCAUGCAAAAUAAGGAACAUGUUGUCGAUGCAUUCUACCGUUCUAUUCCAGAUAGCAUAUACUGGCCAGUUUUUGUUAUUGCUACUUUAGCUGCUAUCGUUGCAAGUCAAGCAACCAUCUCUGCUACAUUUUCAAUAAUCAAGCAAGCUCUGGCACAUGGCUGUUUCCCAAGAGUAAAGGUAGUACAUACAUCAAAGAAGUUCCUUGGCCAGAUAUACAUUCCUGAUAUAAAUUGGAUCCUUAUGGUCCUUUGCAUCGCUGUGACUGCUGGAUUCAGAAAUCAAAGCCAAAUUGGCAACGCAUAUGGAACGGCAGUCGUGAUAGUCAUGUUGGUGACGACGUUCCUCAUGACCUUGAUAAUGUUACUAGUCUGGCGCUGCCAUUGGGUACUUGUCCUCCUCUUCACCGUCUUUUCUCUGGUGGUUGAAUGUACCUACUUCUCCGCUGUGCUAUUUAAGGUUGAUCAGGGUGGUUGGGUUCCACUUGUAAUUGCUGCAGCUUUUUUUGUCAUCAUGUAUGUCUGGCAUUACGGAACUGUGAAACGUUAUGAAUUUGAAAUGCACAGCAAGGUAUCAAUGGCAUGGAUUCUUGGGCUUGGCCCCAGUUUAGGACUUGUACGUGUCCCGGGGAUAGGACUUGUCUACACUGAGCUAGCUAGUGGAGUUCCACAUAUCUUUUCUCACUUCAUCACAAAUCUGCCAGCUGUACAUUCAGUUGUCGUAUUUGUCUGUGUGAAGUAUCUUCCAGUUUACACAGUUCCAGAAGACGAGAGGUUCCUUGUGAAGCGCAUAGGACCCAAGAAUUUUCACAUGUUCCGUUGUGUUGCGAGGUAUGGUUACAAAGACCUACAUAAGAAAGAUGAGGAGUUCGAGAAAAAGCUAUUUGAUAACCUCUUCCUGUUUGUCCGGCUGGAGAAUAUGAUGGAAGGUUGUUCUGACUCCGAUGAGUACAGCUUAUAUGGACAGCAAACUCAGAAUUCAAUGGAUUACCUACUGCGAAAUAAUGGAAACUUAACCACAGGAAAUAAUAAUGACUUCACAUGUUCGACGGUGGACUCAAUAAUUCCUGUAAAAUCUCCUAAUCAAGGGAACAACACAGUGACAUCAUUAGGCCGUGAGAGCAGCCAGGCAGAAGUGGAUGAAAUGGAAUUCUUGAAUCGUUGUCGAGAUGCUGGGGUUGUACACAUUCUUGGAAACACUAUAGUUAGAGCAAGGAGGGACUCUAGGUUCUAUAAGAAAAUUGCUAUCGACUAUAUAUACGCGUUUCUUAGGAAAAUAUGCAGGGAAAAUAGUGUAAUCUUCAAUGUACCUCAUGAGAGCCUGUUAAACGUUGGACAGAUAUUCUAUGUAUAAUUAUUAUUUUUCAGCAAAUGAAUGAUCAAAUCGAAGGAUAUUAUUGAUCGAUAACCUUGCGUAUGGUCAUGAGAUCUCUUGUACACCAAAAUGGUUACUGAAAUUAAUGAAGUUUUACAUGA